AUGCCGAUAGUUAUGUCAAAAGACGAAUGGUCCAAAAUAAUAAAAUGGACUGAUUCAAAUCGUGAAGAUCCCGAAGUGGCUAGACGAAGAGAGUACGUCAAACAUUUAAACGAAUCCAGUAGGAACAUGACCAAGCACUGGCCUAAUUCUCUAGAGAAUGUAAAUAAGCGCAGUGAAGAAGUCCGUCGGGCCCGUAUUGAAGCAGCUGAGCAGGCUAACAGCCGCUUCUACCAGCAGUACCUGAGGAAGAAGCGUCAAGAGCAAAGGGAGCUGAUGUACAGCGCCAGGGAAACUGUCUUCAAGAACAAAGAUGCGCCGAAGUUGCUUUUGUCAGCAGUAAUAGAAACGGCGAUACAAAAAGAGCGCCAAGAGCAAAUAAAGUUUAAUAAUGAGUUAAAGAGACUAGAAGAUGAGCAGAAGAGGAAAGAUGAUGAUGACAUCAUACGAAAGGCGAAGGAGUGGCACGAGUUAAACGAACUGCGGAAGAAGAGACGGUUCGAAGUCAACAAGCAACAUCAGAAAGAGAUUUUAGACCAAGCUCAUGAAGUGUCCGAACGCAAUCGUAUAGAAUACGAGUCAGAACUGGAGAUGCAGAAGGUUGACAACAUAAAAGCCAACGAGCAGAUGGAAGAACUUAAGAAGUUUGAGGAGGAGUUCAAAACCGCUGAAAAGGGCCGAAUCCUAUCAGACAUGAGGCGAGCCCGUCAGGAGUACGAGCGCCGACGCAAGGAGGCCGAAGCGAGGGACAAGUGCGACGACAAGCUCAUCCAAGUUCUGCAGAAGGCCACCGCCAGGGUCGCACGGAGACGGAAGCAGACCGAGAGCGAUUUGAAAGCAGAGAAGUUGCGGGUGCUGGAGGCGAUCAGCAAGAAGCUUGAGAGCGGAGAUGCGGCGCGAGAGGCCCUGGAGAGCGAGCACCUGCAGAAGGCCAUUCGGGAGAAAGAGGCUGCAGCGGACGCCCGCCGAGCGGCAGAUGCCCGAAAGAGAGAGAAGUUCAUAGCGGAGAGGAAGGAAGUGAGGGAAGCCUUCCUCAAAAAAGAAGAGAUGCGAAUACACGAGUUCAACACCAUGAGGCAGUGGGAGAUCAUGAACAGAUUUAAAAAUGCCGAGCUCUACGAAGACUUCAAAGAAAAGUUGAAAGAAGAGAAGGAGAGGAAAAUAAGAGAGUAUCGCGAAGAUAUACUCAAGUUGUGGAAAGAGCGUGACGAGCGCGAGGCCAAGGAGCGGGCGGACACGCGCUACUUCUACGGCGAACUGGCCGAGAAGAAGCUUCGAGAGGCGGACAACAAGCUGCUGACUUUGGGCGGAAAGCUUUUGGACGAGGCUCGGGAGCACCAGCGGCCGGAGUACGCGCUGCACAGGGCGGUCGAUCGCUACUGCAAGCAAUACCGCCUGUACCCGAUGCCGCCCCUACCCAGCUCCUUGCAGGAGCACUACGGGGACUACUCCCCGCGAGACGUGUCCAAGCCGGACCCGGACUACUGCUACCCUGCUCCCCCGGCCGACGAAGUGGACGGCAAGAGGGAUGGCCUGCGGUCCACUCAGCCUGUCGCUGGUCCUUCGAAGCCGGAACAGCAACAACAAGAGCCCGUGGCGGACUACAAGCGCAAAGGACCCGCUAAUGGGCUGCAGACGAAGCCCGGUCAUGACAAACGAGUAAUUAAACAUUUGAAUUCCUGCAUGGUCAUGACAAACCAUUAA